AAGCUUAUGGAGAGAGAGAGAGAAGGAUUAACAGUGGAAGGCAGGCGCAGUAGCAGACUCCUCGCAUAUCCGCUAGAAGGGGACGGACGGUGCCAGCUGCUAGCCGAGUUAGCCGCAGUAGACAGUUAGCAACUAGCUUCAGAGUCCCAGCGCUCCAUACAUGAGGGAGUGAGCAGGAGAGGACAGCAGAGGGGAGAGUGUGUGCGUGUGACAACGUGUGCGUCGACGCUUCCUCUAGAGUCUCCGCGUACUUGCGUGUACCUGCGUGAGCGUGCGGGUGUUCUGUGUGUGUGUCAGUGUGCGCGCGCGCGUGUAUAUACAUAUACACAUAUAUAUAUAUAUAUGUAAACUCACCUCUUCCUCUUCCGACCAGCAGCUUGUCGGAUAAGUGUGUGUGUGUGUGUGUGUGUUUGGGGUUAGCAAGCCAAGAAGCACACCUAUAAACACUCACCGAUAAAGGGGACUGUUUACAUUCGGUGUCAGGUUUCUCUGCCGAGGAUUCACACCAUUUACCGACACCGGCCAAGCACCAGCAUGAUGCUGAAGUACGCUGUGGUCCAAGGCGGCCUGGGCCUGCUGGCCGUCAGGAGGGCCUGCGUCCUCUCCCGAUACGCCCACUCUUCCACGAAGAGCGAGUACCGACCGAUAAAGAAGGUCAUGGUGGCCAACAGAGGUGAGAUCGCUAUCCGUGUCUUCAGAGCCUGCACUGAGCUGGGGAUUCGAACCGUGGCCGUUUACUCCGAGCAAGACACUGGACAGAUGCACAGGCAGAAGGCAGAUGAGGCUUACCUGAUUGGCAAAGGCCUGCCACCUGUCGCGGCGUACCUGCAUAUUCCAGACAUCAUCAAAGUUGCCAAGGAUAACAAUGUGGAUGCCAUUCACCCCGGCUACGGUUUCCUCUCCGAGCGUUCAGACUUCGCCCAGGCCUGUGCAGACGCGGGGGUGAGGUUCGUCGGGCCGAGCCCCGAUACGGUCCGCAAGAUGGGGGACAAGGUGGAGGCUCGCACCCUGGCCAUCAGCGCAGGUGUGCCCGUGGUCCCAGGAACAGAUGCCCCCAUCUCCUCCCUGCAGGAGGCGCAGGUGUUCGCCCAGACAUACGGCUUCCCCAUCAUCUUCAAAGCCGCCUACGGAGGAGGCGGUCGCGGCAUGAGGGUGGUCAGAGAGUACGAGGAACUGGAGGAGAAUUACCAGCGGGCCUACUCCGAAGCCCUGACCGCUUUUGGGAACGGAGCCCUGUUUGUGGAGAAGUUUAUUGAAAAGCCAAGGCACAUCGAAGUGCAGAUCCUCGGCGAUAAGUAUGGUAAUGUCAUCCACCUCUACGAGAGAGACUGCUCCAUUCAGCGGAGGCACCAAAAGGUUGUGGAGAUCGCGCCCGCCUUCCAGCUGGACCCUCACCUGAGAGACCGACUUCACGCCGACGCCGUCACCCUCGCCAGACAGGUCGGAUACGAGAACGCGGGGACGGUGGAGUUCUUGGUGGACAAACACGGCAAACACUACUUCAUCGAAGUCAACUCCCGGCUCCAGGUCGAGCACACGGUCACGGAGGAAAUCACAGAUGUGGAUCUGGUGCAUGCCCAGCUCCAUGUGUGCGAGGGCCGCAGCCUGCCAGAUCUUGGCCUCAAACAAGACAAGAUCAGAGUGAACGGCUGUGCCAUCCAGUGUAGAGUGACGACCGAAGACCCAGCCAGAGGCUUCCAGCCAGACACAGGAAGGAUUGAGGUCUUCAGAAGCGGCGAGGGCAUGGGUAUCCGCCUGGACAGCGCCUCUGCCUUCCAGGGCGCUGUCAUUUCACCACACUACGACUCCCUGCUGGUGAAAGUCAUCGCCAGUGGGAAGGACCUGCACACGGCAUCCUCCAAGAUGAGCCGAGCCCUGGCCGAGUUCAGGGUGCGCGGGGUCAAGACCAACAUCCCCUUCCUCCAGAACGUCCUGUCCAACCACCAGUUCCUGCACUCCACCGUGGACACCCAGUUCAUCGACGAGAACCAGGAGCUGUUCAACCUCAAGCCCACUCAGAACAGGGCGCAGAAACUGCUGCACUACCUGGGUCAUGUGAUGGUGAAUGGACCAACCACACCCAUCCCGGUGAAGGCCAAGCCCUCCUCCACGGACCCCGUCGUUCCUCUUGUCUCCAUGGCCGACCCCCCGGUGGGUUUCCGUGACAUUCUGCUGCGCGACGGCCCUGAGGGAUUCGCCAAAGCCGUCCGCGCUCACAAAGGUCUGUUGCUAAUGGAUACCACAUUCAGAGAUGCUCACCAGUCACUCCUGGCAACCAGGGUUCGGACCCACGACCUGAAGAUGAUCUCGCCGUUCGUCAGCCACAACUUCAGCAACCUUUUCAGCCUGGAGAACUGGGGAGGUGCCACCUUUGACGUGGCCAUGCGCUUCCUGUCAGAGUGUCCGUGGAAGAGGCUCCAGGAGCUCAGGGCUUUGAUCCCGAACGUCCCCUUCCAGAUGCUGCUGAGAGGGGCCAACGCCGUGGGCUACACCAACUACCCCGACAACGCCGUCUUCAAGUUCUGCGAGGUGGCCAAGGAGAACGGCAUGGACAUCUUCCGCGUGUUCGACUCCCUGAACUACGUGCCCAACAUGCUGCUGGGCAUGGAGGCGGCGGGGGCAGCAGGCGGCGUGGUCGAGGCCGCCAUCUCCUACACCGGAGACGUCUCCGACCCCAUGAGGCAGAAGUACUCCCUGGAGUACUACGUGAAGCUGGCGGACGAGCUCGUCAAGGCCGGAACCCACAUCCUGUGCAUUAAGGACAUGGCCGGACUGUUGAAGCCAGAGUCCAGCAGGCUCCUGAUCGGCGCUUUGAGAGACCGUUUCCCAGAUGUGCCCAUCCACGUGCACACGCACGACACAGCUGGAGCCGGCGUGGCCGCCAUGCUGGCCUGCGCCGAAGCCGGAGCCGACGUGGUCGACGUGGCCGUCGACUCUAUGGCCGGGAUGACCUCUCAGCCCAGCAUGGGAGCCAUAGUCGCCUGCGCCAAGGGGACCAAGCUCGACACUGGCAUUGCCCUGGAGAAGGUGUUUGACUACAGUGAGUAUUGGGAGGUGGCCAGAGGCCUGUACGCUCCGUUUGACUGCACCGCCACCAUGAAGUCUGGCAACGCCGACGUCUACGAGAACGAGAUACCCGGAGGCCAGUACACCAACCUCCACUUCCAGGCUCACAGCAUGGGGCUGGGGAACAAGUUCAAAGAGGUGAAGAAGGCCUACACCGAAGCCAACAAACUACUAGGAGACCUCAUCAAGGUGACUCCCUCUUCAAAGAUCGUGGGCGACCUGGCCCAGUUCAUGGUGCAGAACAACCUGACCAGGGCCGAGGUGGAGGAGAGGGCGGAUGAGCUGUCGUUCCCCCUGUCCGUGGUGGAGUUCCUGCAGGGAUACAUCGGGAUCCCGCACGGAGGAUUCCCCGAGCCCCUCAGAUCUAAGGUGCUGAAGUCCCUUCCCCGUAUUGAAGGCCGUCCCGGUGCCUCUCUGCCGCCUAUGGACUUCAAGGCCCUGGAGGAAGGACUCCGGGCUGCACACGGAGACGACAUCACCCCCGAGGAUGUGAUGUCAGCAGCCAUGUACCCAAAGGUGUUCCAGGAGUUCAAGGAAUUUACUUCUAAUUUCGGCCCAGUGGACUGUCUCAACACCAGGCUGUUCCUGGAUGGACCCAAGAUUGCAGAGGAGUUUGAGGUGGAGCUGGAGAGAGGGAAGACCCUCCACAUCAAGGCGCUGGCACUUGGAGACCUGAACAAGGCUGGCCAGAGAGAGGUGUUCUUCGAGCUGAACGGGCAGCUCAGAUCUGUGCUGGUUAAAGACACGGUCGCCAUGAAGGAAAUGAAGUUCCACCCGAAGGCUCAGAAGUCCAUCAAGGGGCAGGUGGGAGCUCCGAUGCCUGGGAAAGUCCUGGAGGUCAAAGUGGAGGUCGGAUCUAAGGUGGAGAAGGGUCAACCGCUGUGCGUCCUCUCGGCCAUGAAGAUGGAGACGGUGGUCAACUCCCCCGUGGCCGGCACCGUCAAGGCCAUCUACGUCACCCCCGACUCCUCCCUGGAGGGAGACGACCUGAUACUGGAAAUCGAGGACUAGAGCGAGUGGCGUGGAGGGGAGGGCUGGCACACGUACUCGCGGUAGUAAUGGUAGACGGGGGGUUAGACAAUCUGAUUCUGGAAAUGGUGAGAAGUUAAAAUAACGAGGUAGAGGGAAAAAAAAAAAAGGAACCUUUCUCUUGUGGGGCCCCCACUUUGUACAGAUUAUGUUUUAGUUACACUGGGGGGCACGUAACGGAGCUCUAUGCAUAUCUAGACGCCUGGCGGCUGUUAAAAAAAAAUAUAUAUCACUGUCCAAACUAAUAUAUGAGAAAGUUAAUAUUCCUCCAUUUAAUCCUUCUAAAAGUGAAUGUGUAAUAAUUAAAAAAAGAAAACCUUUAAUAAUGUCCUGUCAGCUUGUGGGAACUAACAUAUUAUGAAAUAUUUUAGGAUGACAUGAUAUAUUUGAAUUGUGAUACAUUCCACUGCUGAAGCACUAGUCUUAAAUGUGAUUUAAUGAAGCGAGCUAACCAUAUGUAACGCUAACAGGGUUCUAACGGCCACAAAUUAAAUGUCACGGUUUCCAUUUCAGCGCUGUUGAUGUUGCCUAAAUGAAUGAAAGUGAGUCUGCUUUUUUAUCUUGGACCACUGCUAAACAAAGAUAGACCUGAGGAUGUAAAAACCAAGUAAUGUUUUUUUUAUUAUUAUUAUUAUGUGGGAACAAUACUGACACGAGUGAAUAGUGGGAUUGUAUGAUCACGGUUAGACAGCGAUUGAAGAAAAUACACGACUGAGCCAUUUUAGAUGGUGUCAACAAAUAUUUUUUAUAAUUAGAGAAGCACAUCAACACAAGGAAGCAAAAAAUUUUUUCUUUUUUGUUUUGUUAAAGGCUGGAGUUGAAAGCAAAAAAAAUGUAUCCUGUUAUUGUAUCAGUAACAGAAAAAAAGGAAUGUUUAACAUUCACGUCUGUCUUUGAAAACCCCCCGAGCAGAAGCAAAUUGGCUGAAGUCGAUCUGAAAAUAAAAAGUGUGACCUGAGCUUGAUUUAUUCUUCUGCGUCGUAGCCGUUAGCGCCCCACACCGCACUCCCCCAGAAAUGUGACACGUCGUGCAAACGGCAACAGAUUGGUCCACGUGUCUCGGUAGCUGGACACAAAAUAACUACACUAAACUCUUGUCAGUGAUUUCAAUGAGGGUAACUGAACAUUUAUUAACUCCCCACGGUGAAACUGGACACAGCUGACUAGCCCCAGCAAUUACAGAAGGAUACAGGACGCACCAGUUUAAAUGAAAUCUGUGGCAGAAGUAUAAACCAAUCUUAAAUGUGUCUCUUAAUUCAAACCCGGCAGUAGUGACCUUCUAAAAAAAUAAAUAAAAAGAAGAAAGAAAGAAUUCUCUUCUAGCUUAUCCUAAAAGUGGCUUUAGAGUCCCUAUCCCGUGCUUCUGGUUUCGUGGGACAUGGGAGGAGUUGUGAGCGGAGCACUUCCACCCCUCCCUCUUCAGAACCAGCAGAGAUUAUGGUGAAUGGCCUGUCUGCAUGGGGGUUUUUAAUGGUAGGUGUAAAUGGGAUUACAUGGUGUUGUAAUGGAGGCAUGUGGUGUUAUUUUCCGAGGCUCCGCUGAUUAAUUUAUGAAUUAAUUCUCUGUCAAAUGAUGUGAAAUUAGCCGGACUAAUAAGAGACUCUGGAGACUCCCAGUAGCAGCACUCAGCUUUAUAUUUCUAACGCGAGCACGCGUGCACGUGUGUGUGUGUGUUUGCAUAAAUGAGCCGAAACGUUUGUGUGUGUGUGUGUGUGUUUUAAGACAAACAGUCCUCGAUGACACACCUCCCGAGAUAAAACGCGUCCUAGCAGAAAUGAAAUAUUCAUACUCACACAUGCACCGGUGAAAAUAUUCAUGUUAAACCUUGAGUGCCGCCUGGAUUAAAAACAGACAAAAAAUAAAUAAUAAAAAAUAUAUAUAUGUACAAUGCAACUGUGGUGUGGCUAGGUCUCUAUGGUAACCACACCCCAAACAUUUAACACACUGAAUAAACGAAGCACAAAAAGCCACACAUCAUUCACAAUUUGGACGAAUAAAGACUCACAAUUUCCUCGUAACACGGCGAAACCUCCUUCCACAGAACACACACACACUGACUGGGUCGCACAUUUGAAGUAUCUGUUUGUGCUCGACUGGACUGUUUCCAGCAAUUUUUGCUCCAUUACCUCCGAGAAUGAGUAACCUUUUGAACUGCACAUCAAUACCGAGCAGCAGCGCCGUGGUUAAUUAGAGCGCUGACGUCUGCUCGCUCUGCCGGCCCACUGCACCCUCCCACUUUAUCAGUCUGUACUGGAAUCCGCUGGAAAAAAAUAAAUGAAUAAAUAAAAUAAUUUAAAAAAAUGGUACAAAUGUGUGUUCUUGACGAGCCGUUGCACAUUAAAUGCAAAGUUCCCCCCUCUCCUUGUUAGCUCUCCUCACUGGCCUCAUCUGUCCAACCGCCUCACACCGUAGUGUUUCCCUCCCGCUUCCCUCGGUGUAUUUGCACAUGUAAGAUGAAAGCACCAAUUCAUGCAAUAAAAUCGUAUCGCCGUAUUUGUCUGUGUCGUAGCCAGCAGUGAAUCUUACAACAAUGCUCAUGGCUGUGUGGUACCAAUAAAUUGGAGGAAAAAAGUAGACACAGCUGGAAAUGUUUGUUUUAGAAAGUAGGGGAGUAGUAGAGCUCGCCCGAUGAAGAGAGUGUUGCUUUUCCUUUCUUUGUUUUCAUGAAACCAAACUGUUGACUGACUAAUGUCUCUGAGGAAUUUCUAUCCAAUAACCAUUCAUGUUAUCGGGGGUUUUCUUACUUUCUAAAUUUUUGUUCAUUCGUUUGAGUUUAGCGGAGUAUUUGUCUUAAACGUGAGCACGGGCUGGAGAAGGGAAAAGAAGUAGUGUCUUAAAAGCGAUACAUGUCCUAAUUGUACUUAUUAAAAAUAAAGUUGAUCAUGACUAAACCA